AAGCACAUCGAGGCCAUCCAUCAACAUUUUUAAAGAAUGGCCAACUUUUUAGUGCCACUGGCUUCCGAAAGCUCCAGCUGCUUGCUACCUAUAAUAGCUCCCUCCCCCAGCUUCUAUCCGUCCUCGAAUCUCUUCAGGUCAUCUUAAGUCUCUUUCCUCACAUACACAUUUUGAGAUACCCCGAGGAAACCAAUACUUUAAUUACUACACCACCUUCACGAUGCCUUCUUUCACCGAGAACGCCGUUCGCACGGAGAUUCCUGGCCCCGUCUCCAAGGCCAGCUCCAAGCGUCUUGAUGCUAUCUUCGACGCCCGUGCCGUUCACUUCGUUGUUGACUACGAUAAGUCUCACGAUAACUACAUCGUCGAUGUUGACGGCAACAAGUACCUCGAUGUCUACGCUCAGAUCGCCUCCAUCCCUGUUGGCUACAACAACAACACCCUCAUCGAGGCUGCCAAGUCACCCGAGAUGAUCUCUGCUCUCGUCAACCGACCCGCCAUCGGCAACUUCCCCUCCGACCAGUGGGUCGAUAUCCUCCGCAAUGGUCUCAUGAAGGUCGCCCCCAAGGGUCUCAGCUACAUCUUCACUGCUCAGUCCGGAUCCGAGGCCAACGAGCUGGCCUACAAGGCUGCCUUUAUGCUCUACAGCCGCCGCAAGCGUGGUGAUGCUGACUGGAACGAGGAGGAGAUCAACUCCUGCAUGGAGAACUCCAAGCCUGGCUCCCCUGAGCUUGCCAUCAUGAGCUUCAAGAACUCUUUCCACGGCCGUGGUUUCGGCUCUCUCUCCACCACCCGCUCAAAGGCUGUCCACAAGCUCGACAUUCCCAGCUUCAACUGGCCCCAGGCUCCCUUCCCUGCUCUCAAGUACCCUCUCAAGGACCACGCCGAGGAGAACGCUGCUGAGGAGAAGCGAUGCCUUGAGGAGGUCGAGCGUAUCAUGACCACAUGGCACUGCCCCGUCGCUGGUCUUAUCGUUGAGCCCAUUCAGUCCGAGGGUGGUGACAACCACGCUUCUCCCUCUUUCUUCCAGGGUCUCCGUGAUAUCACCAAGAAGCACGGCUGUGUCCUCAUCGCUGAUGAGGUCCAGACUGGUUUCGGUGCUACCGGUUCCUUCUGGGGCCACGACCACUGGAACCUGAGCUCUCCUCCUGACAUGGUUACCUUCUCCAAGAAGGCCCAGACUGCUGGCUACUUCUUCGGAAACGAGAUGCUCAUCCCCGACAAGGCCUACCGUCAGUUCAACACCUGGAUUGGUGACCCAGCCCGUGUCAUCAUGUGCAAGGCUGUCAUCCAGGAGAUCCUCGACAAGAAGCUGGUCGAGCAGACCGCCCGCGUCGGUGGCAAGCUGUACGCCGAGCUCGAGAGCCUCGCUGCCAAGUACCCCGAGUACAUCCAGAACCUCCGAGGAAAGGACCAAGGUACAUUCAUUGCCUUCGACACUAAGGAUCCCGCCAGCCUUGUUCGCUCCAUGCGCCACAUCGGAGUCAACAUCGGUACCUGCGGCAAGAACACUGUUCGUCUCCGACCUAUGCUCAUCUUCAACGAGGAGCACAUUCCCACCCUUGUUGGUGCCUUUGACAAGGUCAUUGGUGCUAUGUAAAAAGGUUACGAACUUGUGUGUCGAAAAAGAAUGGAGGUUUAAGCAUCAAAUUUAUCACUAGCGUUGCAUUGUUAUUUUACUGUUUUAUACACAUGAGGCCUGUUAUUGGGAACACCUCAGGGAAACGAAAAGGAGUGGGAUACUGAUAUUAUUGAGCUGGUAAUAUACCCGGCGAAAGACGGAACUGGAUCUACACAAAGUACUUUAGGAUACGAGGAAUGAUAAAAAAGAACUACCAUUAACUUCAGUUGAAUUCUGUUAUGAUCUAUGUGAAGUUUGACUAAUAAGAAGCAAUGAAACUGCUCUGGAGUUGUAAGACAUGGACCUCGACAGCCCCA